ACACCUGCCUAAAAGUUAAAACCUAGAUUAACUGGAUCAGAUGUGUUUGAUUGGGGUUGGAGCAAAACUCGGCAGAGACACCGGCCCUCCAGGAGCAGGAUUGGACAUUCAUGCUUUAAGGCAAUACUAUCUCAGUAAGUAAAAAGAUGAACAUCUCCAGUGAAAACUCCUCCAUUCAUGAAUCGAAUUCCUCUUAUGUCUUUCCCAAUGGCACCGCAAAGGAAACUUCUUUUGACAUGUUCAAGGUGGUAGAUAUCAUCAGUGUGGUGUUUGGUUUUCCUGCCAACUUCUAUGUGAUCUGGCUCAUCGUAAAAGGAACAGCAAACGGUCUCGUGUCAGAAUUCUUCAGUCUCAACGUCACUGUCUGCGAGAUACUCUUGUGUAUGAAAUCGCUCUUGAAUCUCUUAAAUGAUUCAUCUUUCAUUCUCUUGUCUGUUAUUAUUUUUGUACAAGGUAUACCCAUCACCGGUCGUCCACUGUUUCAAUGUCUGAUUUGUUUCGAGCGUUACCUGGCUGUGGUUUAUCCCGUGACCUUUCUGAAGUACAAGCCAUUCAGAAAUCGAGUGAUGUGUGCUGUGGUUGUCUGGGUGGCAACUUUUUGCUCCAGCGGCGUUAUGAUAUCAAUGUUCCUGUUGUCAAUCUCCAUCAAUGUGUACUUUUGUUUCAUAUUGGUGCAGAUCUUCCUCUUCCUCUCUUUUCAGUUGUUUUGUGGUUUGACUGUUCUCAGAGCUCUGAAGCAGUCAGGACCAGGAGAGAGAGGGAGAGAGAAAGAGGAGGAAAAUCACAUGAAGAGAAAAGCGUUUCAUCUCAUUCUUUUAACUACUGUGGCCAUGCUUGUUGUAUACGUUCCCUUUAUUAUUUUAGCACUGAUUUUUGUGAGUCCAGCUGUAAAUAAUCUAAUAUUUGCUCUUACUUUAGCUUGUUUUACAUUGGGUGGUUUGUGUCAGCCAAUUCUCUUUCUCUACCGAGUGGGAAAACUGAACUUCACCAAAAGUCCAUGAAUCUCAUCCAGCUUCAGUAAUGAUUAAUGAACAAUAAAAGUUUUAGGAAUAGUCGCUUAACUAUUGAAUACUGAAUCCUUCCUUAUAUAUAUGAUUAAAUAAUCUUUAGUUCAUUUGGUACACUGUAAAAAAUACUUUGCUGCCUUAACAUUUUUUGUUGAAUCAACUUGGAUUUACAAGUCAUUUCAACUUACUAGUAUUUAUCUUGACUGGAGAUGAGUUG